GCUCGGCGGUACAGUGCGGCCCGGACAUCAGGAACUCAUCGCGCAAGAGCUCACGAUCCCGGUAGCAGAGCUGGCGGACGAUCUCCCUCUCGACCUCAUCUCGCAAGACGACGAGCACCCGAUUCCACAUAUGAUUUCUCGCACAUUGGCGCCAUAUCUCCAGUGGUCGGCUUGUGCGGAGGGAGCCGCAGAGCGCAUCCCGCCGUCCCAGCAGCAGUAUUUGAUUCCCCGGACGGUUCGCGAUCCUGCCUUCUUCAGGCAUCCAACGGCAGAGGAACUUGUUACCAUUCGAGAUGAGGAAGAGGAGGAAGAAAGCACUGAGAGUGACGAAGGAGAAGACGAGCGGGAAGAAAGUGGGGAAAGCGACAAAGUACUCGUGGAAGACGACGAAACCCCCGAAGAAGGAAGCUAUAGCGAGCAUAGCGAGGGGGAGCAGAGCGAAGAAGAAGAAGAAGACGACGAAGGAGAAGAGGAGAACGAAGGACCUGCGGAAUCGGAGUGGGAAGCUGUGCCGAAAGAAGUGCUGCGCACGGGCACGGAGGCUGAAGAUCCGGAGGCGUCCCGCAAAAGGGAAGAAACCGCGGCCGGGAAGAGGAAGCUAGAGUUUGCGAGCGAGGCAAGCUUUUACGUCCAUGACGACCCAAACCGAGAUCCGGAGCCGCCGCGACCAGAACAUGGCGACCUCACGGCCACGACUCCGACCUCAUCAGCGAGGUGACGGAGCCGAUCCCCCUCCUCCCCAACCCGUCCCACAGUUCACCAACAUACCGAUACG